GUCGUCGUUGACCUAAGGCAACAUUAAUACGCGGCGGAGGGAAAUGCAGAUCUGCGGGAAGCAGGAGGUGGAACUCGUCGCUUUCAACGCCGCAUUUGAUGCACUUUGGUUGUGAGAGAGGAGAGAGAGGAGGCGGAAUGCACCAGUGCCAAAAUGCAAGCGGAUCCGAAAGAGCAAACGUCGUCCCAAGUGGACAUCGAGUUUCAGGAUCUGACGUACGAGGCCGGAAAUAAAACGAUUCUACGCAAUCUCAAUGGGUUUUUCAAAUCGGGUCAAAUCUCGGGGAUUCUCGGCCCCUCCGGAGCGGGAAAGAGUUCACUCAUGAACAUCCUAAUUGGAUACAAGACGUCUGGCGUAUCCGGCAGCAUAUUGACAAACGGCAGAUCAAGAGACCUUCGGCAUUUUCACAAAAUUUCCUGCUUCAUCCAGCAGGAAGAACUUGUGCAGCCGCACCUGUGCGUCGAGGAGGCCAUGAGCGUGGCCGCCUGUCUCAAACUCGGCCCGUCGGUCACCAAGGAGAAGAGAAACAAUGUGAUUUCUGAUAUUUUGUCUACCCUGGGUUUGACCGAGUGUCAAAAAACCAAGACGGACAAAUUGAGCGGCGGCCAGAAAAAGAGAUUGAGCAUCGCUUUGGAGCUAAUUAGCAAUCCGCCUGUUCUCUUUCUAGACGAACCAACAACGGGUUUGGACGUGGUUGCAGCGACGCAGUGCAUGAGGCACCUGAGCUCGUUGGCCGCUCAGGGCCGCACCAUUGUCUGCACGAUUCACCAGCCCAGCGCCUCCAUUUUCAGCCUCUUCCAGCACGUUUACUUCCUGGCCGAGGGUUGCUGCGUUUACCAAGGAGACACUGAGCAUGUGAUCCGAUUCCUCACCUCCGCAGGUCUACCCUGCCCACAGUACAGCAACCCAGCAGACCACGUGGUAGAAUUAUCACACGCGUCGGUGGCAAAUGUUCGCAUCUUGAGCAACGCCAUCCAAAACGGCAAGAUCACCAUGGGCAGCAACGCUGUCGUUUCGCACUUAGGAUGCGCAAUAGGCGGCGGCGACCUGUCCGACAGGUUUUCGGAAUUUCCCACCUCGGCGCGGUACCAGUUCAUGGUACUGUUGUGCAGGAUGCUGCUUCAGACCAGCAGAAGCAAGGCAAUGCUGAGAUUACUCUUUACUCAUCACCUGGUGUCGGCACUUUUACUCGGAGGAAUGUUCUACGACAUUGGAGACGACGCCGGAAUGGCCUAUCAAAAUAUAAAAUUUUUCAUCUGCAUGAUUGUCUUUUUCUUAUACGCCUACAUGAUGGCUGCAGUUAUUGUUUUUCCUCUGGAGGUGAAAUUAUUGCGGCGAGAGUAUUUUAAUCGGUGGUACGGACUAAAGCCCUACUUUUUCGCGCUGACGGUUUCAAGACUGCCUGUGCAACUUACCUUCGGAAGCAUGUUCAUCCUGGUGUCGUACUACAUGACAGGCCAGCCACUGGUCACGUCCAGAUUUGCGUCCUUCGCCACCAUCAGUCUUCUAAACGCUGCGACCUCGGAAAGCCUGGGACUCCUGAUCGGCUCUCUGUUUUCGAUAACAUAUGGGUCAGUGAUAGCGCCUGCAGUUUCGGGCGCGUUUCUGAUGUUGGCCAUGUAUGGAAUAGGUUUCGGCCCCAUGAUGGAACCCUUCUGGAAAAUUUUCCAAUCCUUCUCCUAUGUCCGCUACGUUCUCUCUGGCUACGCAAUGACCAUGUACGGCCCUGGAAGAAACGUCCUGCCCUGCAAAGAGAUUUACUGCCACUUCAGACGCCCGUCAGAGUUGGUAAAACUUAUGGGAAUGACUGGAGAUAACUUGGCACUGCAGAUCACCAUUCUGGCGGCAUUUUUAUUACUCUUCAAGGUGCUCUCAUUUGCCGCUCUCAGAAUUCGAUUGAUGCCAGAAUUUAACAAUAGGUUUCUGAAUGACCUCUCAUUCAAAAUUAUAAAUUUAAAAAGGAAAUGCUAAUUUACCAUCAAAUGUAAAAGCUACAGAAAAAUGUUGUGAAUUUGAAUGAUCUCUUUAUUUUUAAAUGCUACCUUUAGUAAGCAUAAUUCGAAGUAAAUAAAAGUUUUAACUAUAUUAAAAU